GAGUUGGCGGUGAAAUUCCCGCCUUGGUUCUCACUCACACAAGUAACAAUCUUUGGCACGUGAGAUAGGGCCGGCUUCAGUUCUUCUCUCUUUUGUUGCUCAACUUUUCAACCGUCUUCGUCACUGAGCGAUCGAUCGCUUAGCACUAAAACUGCAAAAGCCAUAGACAAGCAUUCGCGUGCCGAGAGUUAUAUAGACGAAAUCGGCUUCCGCCUGUCGUCAUGGCUCCGCCUGCAGAGAAGAUCGUGUCUGAUAUUGGCAAGUGUCUUGCCCAACAGACUCGCCCAAACAAAGAUUCUUUGGUGAAAUUGCUUAGACAAGCUGCUAGUGCGUUAUCAGAAUUAAGUCAGUCUCCAUCACUACAGCGGGUAAUAGAGCCAUUAAGCGAUUCACUUGUUCGGCAUAAUGUGCUCCAGCAUAAAGAUAAAGAUGUUAGACUUAUGGUAGCUAUCUGCUUCAGUGAAAUCAUUCGAGUCCUGGCACCUGAUCCACCUUUUAGUGAUGAAAUAUUAAGGGAUGUCUUUAAGCUUUUCGUCAGUAUGUUUGCAGAGCUUUCUGAUACGGAAAGCCCAUAUUUUACAAGGAGAGUGAGAAUAUUGGAGACAGUUGCUGCACUGAAAUGUUGUGUGCUGAUGCUGGACAUUGGUUGUGAUGAUCUAGUUUUGGAGAUGUUCAAAGUUUUUUUCUCGGUUGUGAGAGAACAUCAUCAACCAACAUUGUUUGAGGCUGUUUUGUCCAUAAUGAGGCUUAUUCUGGAGGAGAAACCUUCUCAACCACUUUUGGAUGUUACAUUGCUAAAUCUUCUAAAGGAGGAAAAGGCUGCUCCUCUUGCUUCUUUUAGGCUCGCUGUUUCUAUCAUUCAGCUUUGCUCAGAGAAGCUUGGACCCUUAAUUCAACAAUUUUUAACAUCUUGUAUUUUGGACAGAGAUACCAUGGGAAGUGAGCUUAAAGAAUUUUACCAUGAAAUAAUUUUUGAAAUUUUCCAGUGUGCUCCUCAGAUGGUUCUUCCUGUCAUCCCAACCUUGACUCAAGAACUACUAACAGAUCAGGUUGAUGUUCGUAUAAAAGCUGUUAAUUUGCUAGCAAAGAUUUUUGCACUGCCUGAACACCACAUCACACAAGAAUCCCGCCGCCAACUCUUCUUAGAGUUUUUGAAAAGAUUCUCUGACAAGUCUGCAGAAGUUAGAGUUAGUGCCCUACAAUGUGCUAAAGCUUGCUACUUGGCAAAUCCCUCUGGUUUAGAAGCACGUGAAGUUCUUACUGCCCUAGAAGGGAGACUACUAGAUUUUGAUGAUAAAGUAAGAACACAGGCUGUUUUUACCGUCUGUGAUCUGGCUAAUUCAAAUCUGAAAUUUCUUCCAUCUGAGCUAAUAUUGCAGGCUGCAGACCGGCUUCGAGACAAGAAGGUACCUGUUAGAAAGGCUGCCAUGCAGAAGUUGCUAGAACUAUAUCGGAGUUACUGUAUUAAGUGCUCUGAAGGCAUUAUAACACGUAAUGACCACAUUGAACAGAUCCCAUGUAGAAUUUUAAUGCUCUGCUAUGAUAAAGAUUGUAAGGACUUCAGGCCCCAAAACAUGGAGGUUGUGCUUGCAGAGGAUCUAUUUCCAGCUGCUCUUUCUGUUGAAGAGAGGACAUCACACUGGAUAUCUUCAUUCUCAUUUUUUUCACCUCUUCAUGUAAAGGCUUUGAAUUCAAUUUUAACUCAGAAGAGAAGAUUGCAGACGGAGAUGCAAGUUUAUUUGUCUAUCCGGAAAACAGAGAAGGAGAAUGUAUCAGAAGAGGUGGAGAAAAGAAUGAAAACUUCAUUUGUGAAAAUGUCCACAUCCUUUGCUGAUCCUUCCAAAGCAGAAGAGUACUUCCAAAAGUUGCACAAGAUGAAAGAUAAUAGUAUAUUCAAUGCAUUGCACCAACUAUUGGAUGCACAGACUGAUCUAAAUGCCAAGGCUGCUAGAGAUAAAUUUCUCAAAAAGAUUGGAGAGAAGCAUUUGCAUUAUGAAUUUUUGAGAGUACUCUCUGGAAAAUGUAUGUUUAAUAUAUUUAGCUCAGAGCAUGUAUGCUGUAUUUUAGACCACCUUUUCAAAAAGGAUAUUGGAGAUGAGCAUUUUGAGGCUUCUUCUGUUAAACUUCUUCUGACUGUUAUAAAUGCUUUCCCAUCCCUACUGAGAGGAUCAGAAGAGCUGUUCCAGAUUUUGUUGGAAGAGGGUGGCCCUUUCGAUGAAAAGCUGCUUCAAAUCUUAGCAAAGGCUGGUCCUCAUGUUUCUAUCAGACUCAGAGAUAUUUAUCCUUUGCUUGAGAGGGUAUGCUUGGAGGGAACUCGUAUGCAGUCAAAAGCUGCUGUCUCUGCAAUUGCUGCUUUAACUAGUGCUUCUGAUCAUUGUGUUUUCUCGGAAUUAUGCAAGAAACUUGUGGAUUGUCUUCAUUCUGGGCAAAAUAUUGCAACUGUCCUGCAAUCUUUGGGCUGUAUUGCACAAUAUUCUGUAUCAGCAUUUGAGACCAUGGAUAAAAAGAUUGCACAGUAUAUAGUUGAGAAAAUAUUUCAUGAUUCCAAUGUUCAGUCAUUAGAUUGCAUGUGUUCAUUGGACGAGGAUUCUGGGUGCAGCAUCCCUUGCAGACUUAAGAUUUAUGGGCUGAAAACACUUGUCAAGCGCUUUUUGCCCCAUCAAGGAACUCCUGCCGGGCAUCAAAUUGGAGAAUUGUUGGACAUUCUAUUAAAGAUGCUACAGGAGGGUGACAUUGCAGAUGGUACCAUACCCAGUGAAAAUGACAAGGCUCACAUCAGAUUAGCUGCAGCAAAGUCUCUUCUUAAGCUUGCUAGAAGAUGGGAUUUCCAUAUAUCACCAAAGAUUUUUCACUUGGCAGUUCUGAAGGCUAGGGAUCCUUCGUCUCAUGUACGUAGACUUUUUCUAGAUAAAGUACAUAAGCUUUUGAAAGAACAUGCUAUUCCUAGCAGAUAUGCCUGUGCUUUUGCACUAGCUGGUUCAGAUUGCCUUGAAAAUGCCUUGAAACAUAUGGCUGCGUUUGUUAAAGAGUACGGUGUGGAGGCUCGAAUCCGCCAGACUUCUAAACAGGAUCAAGAAGGAGAAACAAUGGCGAGUUAUCCGGAAUAUGUUGUGGUGUUCUUAAUCCAUGUUCUUGCUCAUAAUUUGGAGUUCCCUUCUGUAAACUGUCAAAAUGAGGAAAUUUACGCUCAAUUUUGCAGCCCACUUUUUGUCAUGUUGCAGACAUUAGUCAAUGCCAGUUUUAUUGAUGGCAGUAAGAAUGUUGUCAAUGAUACUGUCUCAUAUAUAAAUACUAUUUUUCAAGUGGUUAAGAAGGCUGAGGAUGCUGUGGAUGUUUCUAAAACUCCUAAGUUGCAUAUGCUAGCUGACUUUGGUAUGCUUAUCAUUAAAGCAUUGAGUUGUAACAGCACGCAUCCAUCACAUACUCAUGGACAUAUUUUUCUGCCGUCAUCAUUCUACAAAACGAGCUCUUGUAGUAAUAAUCAGGAGGUUAACUCAAACUGUAUUACUGGAUGCAAUUUGGAUGAAAACUUCGUUGAAAGGCUCCUUCAUAUUUUUAAAUCCCAUAUUGAUCGGCCUCCUAGUUCACUUGCUAAACGAGGUAGAAAUUUUCAAGGGAAUAAUCUGAGAGAAGAAGAUAUGAAGCACAAUGCAAUGAACUUGCUAUCAUUGGAGCAGGCUGAUUCAUUAAGAAGCAGGGCAAAGAAGGGAAAAAAGAAUACUUCUCAUGGAAUCGAAUCCCAUAAAAUAAUUAGGCAGAAAUUCAGUACUGGGACGAAAAGUAAACAUGCACUUUCUGCUGCUGCUUCUAAAUCUGUGAUGAAUAAUGAGGCUUCUGUUGUGAAUGAGAAUAGAAAAGUAUCACCUGGAAACGGGGAACUGAACCUGGCACAGGAUCAGCUUUUUCCAUCUUGUAGCUCUGCCAGUGCAACACAUUUCUCAACCCAGGUGGUGGAUUAUGUAAAGUGUAGUUCUUUUGAAAAAAAUGAUGGGGAAAUGACUAAUGUUAAUGUCAUUGCUGAUACUUCCGAAUUACUGGAGACUGACUUAGGGAAAAAUUGCAACUCCGAGGGGGAUGGAGGUAUGAAUGAGGAGCUAGUUGGACAGCGUAUCAAACUAUGGUCUCCAUUUGAUAAAUGUUUCUAUUCAGGCACUGUCAGUGGGUUUGACUCUCAGAACAAUAAUCAUAAGAUUACCUAUGACAGCGGAGAGAUUGAACUACUAUGCCUAUCAAGUGAGAGUUGGGAAACUAUUAGCAGUGCAUCCUUUUCUGAUAAGGAGGCACUCAAGUUUCCUUCACGACGCUGUGACCUACGAAUACAAUCCUCUUCUGGUGCUUCUGCGGAAGUUAUUGACGCCUUUGGAGAUAGAGCUGCCAAAGAACAGACAACUUCAAAAAAUAAGGGAAAGGAAAUUAUAGAUAAUGAAAUAUCAAUACAUUCUAAAAUUGUUCCUGCCUUAUCUUAUGGACAAUUUGCUUAUCUUAAUGAGCAGGGAAGAGGAAGAAAGGACAGAAAAUUCCAGUUUCUGCAGACACAUCUGUUUCAGAAGUCAUUGAUGUACAGGAUGCUAUUGCUCGGAGGACACGCAGGCGGAAAGUUUGAGUGGUUUCUGGUCCAUUCAAUUGUGGUUUCUGUUUUUCAAGAGGAAAUCUUCGGGGCCAUUUACAGAAUGUUGUUGCAGAGAUUUAAUUACUAGGUUGUGUGGUAUCUCCAAAUCUCUUGCAUGGAGUGUUGAAAACCUUUUUGAACUUUGUUGCC